UUUAAGGAACUGGGAAGGACACAUACACACACCCUCAGACCCCCUUAUCACGCAUGCCAGGCUUUGCUCUACAACCCGAAUGCUCCCUUCAAAGGGAAGGAAAGCUUUUAUGAGGUCACAGACUUGAGUCCAAAGCUGGAACCAGAGCAGAGGUGGCCACGUUGGAGGGUCAUGAUCUAAAGUGCGACCCCCGCCUUCUCCUUUGGCAUCCUCACCUACUGCGCCUGGCCUCAGGGGGACAGCUGGAACCAGAGCUGUGUGACCUUCAGGUCCCUGGAGGAUAUUCCUGACUUCGCCUGGAAGCUCUCAGCUGUGAUGGCUCUCGGAGGCUGGCUCCUGUUGGCCUUCAAUGCAAUCCUCCUCCUGUCCUGGGCCAUGGCCCCCAAAGGGCUGUGCCCGAGGCGGGGCAGUGGCCCAAUGCCAGGGGUGCAGGCAGCGGCAGCCACUGCCACCAUCGUGGGCCUGCUGGUUUUCCCAAUCAGCCUGGCCUCACCGUUCGCCAAGGAAGUCUGUGAAACCUCCUCUGCAUACCAUGGUGGGAGGUGCCAGGUGGGCUGGGGCUACGUAACUGCCAUCUUGAGCGCAGUCCUGGCCAGCCUCCUGCCUGUGAUCAGCUGGCCCAGGGUGACCAACGUCCAGGGGACGACCAUCCUAUUCUCCAGUGACACUGAGAAAAUCAUCCUGGUGCCAGAAAGGAACAAAUAAAAAUCUCCCCGGAGGAGCAAAAAGCGCAAUCCAGCAUUGUACGAAAGCACCCAUUUCCUACCCAGUUUCAGAUCCUACCCGUACUGCUUCCUUGUGGUGUGAUCUCAGGCAAGACACUUCACCCCUCUGGACUCCAGUUUUUUUCUUCUGCAAAAUGGAAGUUGAAAUAAUGCCCACCUCAUAAGGCUGUUCCGGGAAUUAACUUGAGAUUCUCUAUAUAAAUAAAGCAUU